UUCUGAUCUUACUCUUUUCUUUGUUUCUCUUCUUCUUUUUAAACUUAUAUACCCACCUGCUUCAAACCCUAAUCCUAAAUCAGGAAAAUUUCCACAAUUUCCAGUUUUUUCCAUAUCAGAAAAAUACUCUUGAGAGUAAUUUUUUUCAUGAUAUAUACCAUUUUGACAGUGAAUUUGUCAGAAAAGUUUCUUGAUUUGAGUGAAAUAUUUUCACUGUAUCAAAGAUCUCAAAAAACUCAUUUUUUUUGAGAUAAAAUUCUUGAUUUUGAGGAAAUUUAUUACUAUUUCUUAAGGGGAUCUCAAAAGAACCCAUUUUUAUCUAAAGAUUCAUAAACCCAAUAAUACCAAGAAAUCGUUUUUUUCACAAAAAAAUCCAACCCCAGAUCAGAAUUUUGGAAAAAGUUUCAAUCUUGAAAAUUUUCCAAUUUUUUUUCCUCAUGCUAUAAGAUGGGAGCUGAGAAAAAAUGGCUAUAUGCACUGUUUUGUGCAGCCUUUGUAUCAUUUCUCAUAUUCUUGUCGUCAAUUUCAGGUUUUAGCUCAUCUUAUUAUGCAUUUUCAUUGCACAGGAGAUUUGCUACUCCUGUGCAUCACGGGCCGGGUCAUCCCCCGGCCUUUGGAUACUAUAUUUCAGGUGGAAGAGGUGAUAGUGAUAGGAUUUUUAGGCUUUUAUUAGCUGUGUAUCAUCCUAGGAAUAGGUACUUGUUGCACAUUGGUCUAGAUGGGAGUGAAGAGGAAAGGCGAAAGCUCGGGAUGUUAGUGAAAUCUGUGCCUGUAAUUCAGGCUUUUGGGAAUGUAGAUGUAGUUGGAAAGCCUGAUCCAGUUACUUAUAUGGGUUCAACUAAUAUAGCAGCAAUGCUUAGGGCGGUCGCGAUUUUGUUGAAGAUGGAUGGUGGAUGGGAUUGGUUUGUUAAUCUAAGUGCCUCUGAUUAUCCUUUGAUUACUCAAGAUGACUUAUCUCAUGUCCUCUCAUCUGUUAGUAGAGACCUAAAUUUCAUUGAUCACACCAGCGACCUUGGAUGGAAAGAGGGUCAACGUAUAAAGCCCAUUGUAGUUGAUCCAGGGCUUUACCUAGCACGGAAGACGCAAAUUUUUUAUGCGACCGAAAAGCGGCCGUUGCCUGAGGCUUUCCAAGUUUUUACUGGCUCUCCUUGGGUUAUCUUGAGCCGACCAUUUCUCGAGUUCUGUGUUUUUGGAUGGGACAACCUUCCAAGAACCCUUCUAAUGUAUUUUACUAAUGCAGUAUUGUCACAAGAAGUUUAUUUCCAUUCCGUUGUUUGCAAUUCACCGGAGUUUAAGAAUACGACAGUUAAUAGUGACAUGAGAUAUAUGGUGUGGGAUAAUCCCCCUAAGAUGGAGCCCCUCUUCCUUAACACUUCAGAUUACGAUCUUAUGGCGCAAAGUGGAGCUGCAUUUGCUAGACAGUUUAAUAACGACGAGGCGGUACUUGACAUGAUUGAUCAGAAUAUCCUUAAACGUAGCCAUAAUAGAGUCACCCCAGGCGCGUGGUGCACUGGUCGAAAGAGUUGGAGGAUGGAUCCUUGUUCGCGAUGGGGUGAUGUCAACAUUUUAAAGCCUGGACCUCAAGUGAAAAACUUAGAGGAUUCUGUACAAAGACUGCUUCAAGAUUUAAGCUCACAAUCAAAUCAAUGUAGAUGACGAGCAAAAGUACGACUUGAAUGUCCAUUAUCUCUACUGGCUCUGAGUGAUGACCAGGUUUGCGUACUUUCAGCUUAGAUGCAUUUUUGGUUGACAUUCUUUUUUGGGAGAUUCGUUCUAGUUAUCGGCUUCUUUAGUGUUCACUUUGAGAUUGCAAGUUGAAAAAGCAUUGACAUUGGGCUGUGGCAUUCAUACGAAUUAGUUGUAGAGCCACCAUAUACGGUCUCCCAGCGCAAUAAGAGGAAUCUCCCACUGUACCACAUUUAUAGUUUUCAUUUUUUAAGGCAUUAAUGAGUAUUCACAUUUUCUAGUACAUGUACGCCGUUUGAGGUUUAUCAUUACUUGACAUUGUGUUAUAUGCAGUCUAAUUAGAUCCAUUGAGGUUUAUGUGAACCAAGUCAUCGUACAUUUUCGUCGUUUUCAGGUUGGUAGCUAUGCUUUGUUCUAUAGAAGUCUGGUAAAAUGCUAUCUAAAGUAACUAUUUUUGGAUGUUUGAGCGAUUCGUUUGGUCUUUUCUUUUUGUGGGUUAUAGAUGAUCUAAUCCUUUUUUGUGUA